UUUGGAAACAAUAACAACUACAUGAACAUGGCAGAGGCAAAUAAUGCAUUUCUUGCUGCAAAUGAGCAGACGUUCCAUACGCCGAGCCUUGGGGACGAGGAGUUCGAAAUCCCACCCAUUACUCCCCCGCCCGAGUCGGACCCUGCACUGGGGAUGGCAGAUAUACUGCUGCCCUUUCAGGGCCUUGGUGACCAGCUGCCCGCGCAAGGAAAUGACUUUACACCUCAGUUCCCCCCCCAGAGCUUGGAUCUUCCCUCUAUUACAAUAUCGCGAAAUCUCGUGGAGCAAGACGGCGUCAUCCACAGCAAUGGAUUGCAUAUGAAAGGCUGUGGCAGGUUGGGCCUGCCUGUUCCUGUUGUUUUCCUGUUCCUGGGCUGUUUCCGAGCCCUCCGGAAUGGGGAGGGACGAUCCGGACUGUGCAACGUAGAAAUUAAGGGCAUAGUUUACAUUGACUUCAGUGGGCGUCUGCAGCGUGCCUCCGCUGUUGGCAUGCAGCAGACCCGGGCUCCUGCUGCGGACUUGGAGAGAAGCUCCUCGUGCCGACGGGCGCACCAGAUGAGAGCCCGGAUCUGUGCGCUGAGUCACACGUGUGUUGUGGUCACGCUGUUGGGUGCCUUGUCCAAAAGGAGCGAUGCUAAAGCAUCGGUAGCAGCUACUGUGGGUGGGUGGAGGGCUAUAGCAGGCCUGUGGUGCCGUCCACCGGCAAGAGCAGACACUUUUCCAGAGCAGGACCCCAUGGCAACCAAGGCAGCCAAGAAGCAUUACCCCUUCAGCCCACUUUGGGGGCUGCAUGAGGACCCUAUGGGGUCACGGGAUAGUAAACGG